UCGAAGAAUAUACAAUUGUUGAUCGCUGUCAAAAGUUCAAAACAGAAACGAGGUUUAAUUCUCAGGAGGAAAAAAAUGGGGAGAACUGUUUACGCGGAGGAGGGUCUCCUCGAUUAUUUAAUUUCCCUCGCAAAACCCAGUGGAUACACCAUAGGAUUAAUUCUUGGCCAGAGCACUGCACAAAAAGAUUUUGUGGUUCAUUUAGCAAGAACGCCACCUCCGGCGAAGGACGUAAUUGAGGAAGCUUUAAUCAGUUCGAAGACAAAUAUUCUCGAGGAUUCUAUCGAUACUUACAUUAAAUCCUUUGAAGACAUUCCUGAAAGUUGGGUAGCUGAUCAUGCCAAACACGUGACGAGGAUGUUGCCAGGAGGGACGUGGGUAUUAGGAAUUUUUACAGUCGGUCCUGAUGACACUUUUAUUUCCAACGUCUGCGUGCAAAAGCUUCGAUCCGUUUUGUCCGCGAUUCACAAAAAUCUAGGAGUGAAUCAGUACCUCCACGGAAAUAACAAUCAGGAAAAUCUUCUUCUGAACUUCAAUAGCAUCACGCAAAAGUACGUUUGUAAAUCUUUGGAAACAAACGGCGGUGGAAUUCUGAAACCUGCCGACUGGAAAUUUCAGAAAAGAGUCACCAAGUGGCACCAGUUGGAAGCUCUCGUAGAUUUAGAUCAGCUUUUCCCGAUUCCGAGAAACAAAACACCGCAGUCGUUGAAGAAACAAUUACAGGAUAUUCUAAAAACGACAUCAGAUCUCGUAAAUUCAGCUUUGGUUGUAAUCGAGGGAGAAUCAAGAUGUUCAGACGACACAAUCGAGGCGAUUGGAAAACAAAAAAAGGACAAGAAAGACUCAAAGGAAAGCGAUUCCGAGUCCGAGGAAAGAAUGUUACAAGUUGGACUUUAUAUUCCUUGCCAGAAAAAUUUUAGUCCCGAGACAAAAAUAAUUUCGUGCAGCGCAUCGAUGCGAUUGGUCGGUCAGCUUGUUAGCAGAACUUUUGUUCAUCAAAAGGCGACAAUAGAAGAAGCGACAAAUGCCGUUAAACAAGAUGUGAUGAGGUCCUUAGCCAGUAGAUUAGAAAUGCACUGGGACAGUUUAAUUGAAGAAGAAGACGGUUCUCCAGAAGAAACUGUAACACUUCACGAACCUCCCCGAAGAGUUUUGGUGGAACUUCCUCGAAAUAGAGUCACUUUAUCGGAUUAUCUUUUCCCCGGAGAAGGUGCACAAGAAGCUUUACUCUCUCUUCGAGAACUUUUGGAUGUCCAGGUUCAAGAAAGCACAGUUCAAAAAGAUCUGGAACUCCAAGUUGAUCCAGCCGAAUUUUAUUGUCAAAACGUCAACUCGACGACGGCGGAUUCCAGAAAAGAAGAAUCCGAAAGCAGACGCUUUUUAAUUUACAUAACGAGUCUCAGUGUGGCGAUUCUUAUUCUCGUCGUAGCCGUUUUAGUCAAUCAGCUUUUCAAACAAGAAAAAAAAGCUCGAUAAUUUUGAAAUAUAAAUGACAAAAUUCAAAAUUUUAUGGUAUUUACAAGGGCAGGAUCAUGUUCUCAAAUUUUUUUUUUUCAUGUUUUUGAAUGGAUUUGUAUAUUUUGAAUCUCGGUUAGCCAAACCGACUCUCUUUGUUUGUUUGUUUUUUAGACCCUAUGAAGUCAUAAUCGCGAAUUUUACUUGAAAAACUCGAGGCUUGGAAAAUUGUUCUUGCUAGUGAACAAAAAAAAAUCGAAGAGUUGUAUAGAUAUUUUUAUAUUGUCCAAACAAGGUAGAAGUAUACAAAAAUCUUACUAAAAUAAAGAUACUGCGAACUAUA